AUGCAAUGGGACGAGGCGGACAUCGUGGACACUGGUGAUCCGGCUGGUCGCUCGGCUUUGGAUGCUCGCAGGGGCAUUGAGGCCAGCUUGCAGGUGAUUGAAGGCGUGGCGAAGAGAUCCGGCAAUUUGAAAGGAACCUUCGUCUAUGCACUGAAGAAAGCGGUCUCGGCGAUUAGGGACAACUCGCAGGUUCUCAUCCAGAGAACCAUUAGUGAGGAGACGAGGGUCCUGAGCGCCGAGAACCAGCAACUGAGAGAGAGGUUAGAGGAGCUCACGAAGAAGGUGGAUGAGCUGCAGAAGUCUUCGGGGCUCCCAAACAUGCAAGAGUUGGAGGCGAGCCUCUUGCUGAAACUAGGAGAUAGGAUUAAUGCCCGCAUAGAAGGGCUGGAGCCUCGGCUUAAUCCUGCGCCGCUUCUGAGGCCUCCCUUGGCAGCGGACAAGGCGAAGAAAGGAAAGGAGAGGGCGGUAAGAAACCCACCUGUCCUACCGGCGGUUGUCACCCCCGUAGCUCCCGUGGUGACUGCCGUCGAUUCUAGACCUGAAAAGGUCACAAGGCGAGGAAAGGAGAAGAAGACGGACGGACCUUCUCGGCCACUCAACCCGGAUACUCUGGAGGAGAACUGGGUCACGGUGGCAAAGAAGACAAAGAAGAAGGAGGAUAGGACACAGCCAAGAACGGGGCCGGCUCCAAAGCCGAAGAAGAGUCCCCAGGCUAAGUCGAAGCCGAAGCCGAAGCUUAGGAUGCCUCGGUCGUCGGCCGUUGUGAUCACCCUCACCGAUGAGGGCAAGGAGAAGAUGACCUACAGCAAGAGGACAGUUAGUGAGGAGACGAGGGCUCUGCGCGCCGAAAACCAGCGGCUCCGGGAGCAGCUGGAGCAAUUGGCGCGCCAGGUGGAGGACCUGCAGAAGUCCUCUCGGCUCCCCAACAACAACAUGGAGGAGUUCGAGGCGGGGCUUCUGCGGAAGAUCGGGGAGCGUAUCAACGCGAGGUUCGAGGGACUCGAGCCUCGGUUGAACCCCGCGCCCAGACUCAGGCCGCCAUUGGCGGCCGACGGAAGAAGCAGGGACCUUCCUGCGGCCGCUACAGCGAGGGGGCAGAAGAAGAAGGGACCAAGAGGGUCCUGGUAG